GGACGGAGGGCCGCAAGGGGCUCAGGUACCGGGUACUUGCUGUCACAGUAUAAUCGCUGUCACUCCGCAAGUCCCGCGUACUUGGAUUACGAGUCCCGGCCACUUUGCUUCUCUUGCGUGCUCCCUACUUUUUUUUUUCUCUCUUUUCUCUUUUUCUUUUCUGCCCCCUCCUCUAGUCACUCGUUCUUAUUAUUCCUUUGGAGGCAUUGCCUUUCUUUUUUUUUUUUUCCCCGUUCCAUCUCCAGUUUCCUUCUCCGCCAUCAUCUCGUCCUUCCUUGCGUUUGCGGUUAUCUGGGCCUACGUGACUUGAUAAGGCUGAUCCACGCUAUUCGCCGAAACUCCGAUCCCAGCCAGUCCUCGACAUACUUCCAAUUGCUUGCGCCUUCUUCCCCUCUCGAUUGCCUCCCUCCCUGCGCGAGGUCCUUUGAUGUGACAUCAACCGAUUGCAGAUAGAAAUCGGUGCAAGAGCACCGGAACAGAUUGCGAUGGGGGACGUUCACAAGACGAAACGGAUGGUUUCCGUGAUUGCGGGCACGUUAGUAGCUCUAGCCUGUGGUACCAACUAUGCGUAUUCAGCAUGGGCACCUCAAUUCAGCACCCGCAUGAAGAUCACAUCCACCGAAACCAACUUCAUCGGCGCAGCUGGAAAUUUGGGCAUGUAUGCGUCAGGAAUUCCUCUGGGAUUGUUGACGGAUGCGAAGGGCCCUCGAUUGACGACGUUCAUCGGCGCGAUAACCCUUGGCAUAGGGUAUUACCCCAUAUACUCAGCAUAUGAGCAUGGACCAGGCUCCUUGGGUGUCGGCCUUCUGUCAUUCUUCGCAUUUCUCACCGGUUUCGGAAGUUCCUCGGCCUUUUCAGCUUCUAUCAAGACAGCGGCGUCAAAUUUCCCUACACAUCGAGGAACGGCCACGGCGUUCCCCCUGGCCGCCUUCGGUCUUAGCGCCUUUUUCUGGUCGACCAUAUCUGCGAUCAUCUUCAAGGAUGAUACCGGACGAUUCCUCCUCUUACUGGCAAUCGGAACCUGCAUUUUGAACCUCAUCUCCAUUCCUAUGAUGCAGAUCGUGCCGCCGUACGAGCCUUAUAGCUCCGUGCCGCGAGGCCGAUCGCCCGGGGUAGAGUCUAGGCGGUUGCUCAAAACCAAGUCCUCCGACCUGCGAUCCAACCGUGAUGACUCCGAUCUAGCAGGUACGCAGAGCUCUGAUGCCUUUGAUGCCCCACCAUCCUCGCAGCAUGAAAGAUCGCCAUCCGCCGCGUCGAACUACCAUGCUCCUUCUGGCCACAAAUCCGACCUUGAUGAGACGUCAUCAUUGGUGUCGAAAGCCAACUCGAGAACCUCUCGGGAGUCCCAUCAUGACCACGACGCGGACGAUGACGAUGAUGCUCUCUCUGACGUUGUCCCUGACUCACCUCACCCAGACAUUAGAGGAUUGGCGAUGCUGCCCAGGGUUGAAUUCUGGCAGUUGUUUCUGACAAUGGCGCUUUUGUCUGGCAUCGGAUUGAUGACUAUCAAUAACAUCGGCAACAGCACCAAGGCACUCUGGACGUACUAUGACGAUAGCGCCAGCUCCAAGUUUAUCCAGCAGCGACAGGUGAUGCACGUGUCCGUGCUAUCCUUUGGCAACUUCAUCGGUCGCCUCUCAAGUGGAAUUGGAUCCGACGUGCUAGUCAAAAAGCUAGACAUGUCUAGAUUCUGGUGCCUGUUUAUCUCGGCCGUCGUGUUCACUCUUACGCAACUCGCCGGGUCGACGAUAUCUAAUCCACAUCAACUCGUGGUGGUCUCCGGCUUCACCGGCGUCGCUUACGGCUUUCUGUUCGGCGUCUUCCCGUCUCUCGUUGCGCACACAUUCGGUAUCGGCGGACUCUCUCAAAACUGGGGUGUUAUGACCCUUGCUCCGGUCUUCAGCGGAAACAUCUUCAAUCUGCUCUAUGGCAGCAUCUUUGACCGACACUCCGUGGUGGGCGACGACGGAGACCGCGAUUGUCCCGAUGGUCUUGGUUGCUACCAAGCUGCAUACUACACGACCUUCUUCUCGGGUCUUGCAGGUGUCGUCGUCUGUCUAUGGAGUAUCCUGCGCGAGAAGCGUAUUCACAGCGCAGAACUUCACAAGAAAAUUGAGCACGAUCGUCUAGCUUGAUUGCGAUACCCGCAUACGUACUAACUUGAGUUUUCUCUGAUCUUGUCAGCCAGCAUGCGGGUUUCGCCUUUUUAUUUCUGAUACAUAAUACCCUCUCGCUCUCUUUCGGGUCCACGGCCAUUUUUACCUUUUCCUUAUGUCACAUCACACAUUAUAUAGAAGCUGGGUCAACAUGAGUGACUUGGACCGAACUGGAUUCGUUCAACAUUUAUUUUGGAUUUUUAGCAUAUUUCUUUCAUCUCUUCAUUACUUCUUUCUUGCUUCUAUGUGAUUUAUCUGGUCUUAGGUCUUGGUCUAUCUCCGGAAGAUAAAUUGAUAGAAACCUUGGUGAUUUCAUGCAUGUACAUAAACUUUUGGUUGGUAAAAAGUAUUCUUAUUCUUGUC